GUUCCAAGUUGCAAUAGGAUGGUGAUCCUGCCCCACGUCGACAUGGUUCGGGCUGGGGCAACCACAUGCCAUCAUGGAUGAUGUCUUGCCCUUCAAAGUUCGUCAGAACUGCAUCGACUUCUACCAGGCAGCUCCGACCAGAUACGACCCCCAGCUUCGCAGUGACGUGCGCCCGGACCAGCUCUCCAAAGAGCCCAGAGUCCCCGUCAUCCGCAUCUUUGGCUCGACCCAGACCGGGCAGAAAGUCUGCGCCCAUGUCCACGGCGCGUUCCCAUAUCUGUACAUCGAGUACACCGGCAGCCUCGCACCUGACGAGGUGGGCGCCUACAUAUACCGCCUGCACCUGUCCAUCGACCAUGCCCUGGCCGUCAGCUACCGCAAGGACACCUACAGCGACCAUGCCAAAUAUGUCGCCCGCAUCACACUCGCCAAGGGGGUGCCCUUCUACGGCUUCCACGUCGGAUAUCGCUUCUUCCUCAAGAUUUACAUGUUCAACCCUGUCGUCAUGACCAGAUUGGCAGAUCUCCUGCGUCAGGGCGUCAUCAUGAAGCGGAAGUUCCAGCCCUAUGAGGCGCACCUGCAAUACCUGCUACAGUUCAUGUGUGACUACAACCUCUACGGCUGUGACUACCUCGAGAGCACAAAAGUGAGGUUCCGCUCCCCAGUGCCCCAGUACAGCGACGACGAUGAGAGCUCCCUGCACCUUUGGCACAGUCAAUCCGUUUCUCCUGACAUCAUCACCGAGGACUACACCUUGCCUCGCGUCAGCCACUGCUCCAUCGAGGUCGAUAUCUGUGUCCAAGAUAUCCUGAAUCGGAAGAUGGUGAAUGAGCGGCGCCUGCACCACGACUUUGUUGAGAAGGACCACCCUGUUCCAGCAAGCUUGAAGUUGGUGCACAGUAUGGCUGGUCUGUGGCGAGACGAGACAAAGCGCCGGAAACGAAGGAUGCAGAUCACAGCCCCAGGCAGCAGUCCAUUUCCCCCCGAGGUCCUUGUGUCCAUGUCGGCCGACCCCCGUGAGUCCCAGCCCCAGGGAUGGGUUCACGAAGCCGAGUACGUGGAGGAUCUAAAAAGCCUCGUUGCCGAGGAGGCGCGAGCCAACGAGGACUCAAAUCUCUCUUUCGAAAGUUUUGUACAGCCCAUACCAUUCGAGGAGACUGUAAACACAACUCUGCAGUCUAUCGAGGAUCUCUUCCCACAAAACCUGCUGCCUGUCUUGGGCCAGUCGUCUCAACUUGCCGAACAAGACCAGAAUCCUGCCGACAGCGUGGUAGUUGAUGAGAAGGGAAUCCUCACAGCAACCCGAGAGGGCGAUGCGGAUUUGUUUCCGGAUGAUUCAGACGAGGAGCCACUGCACGAACUGAAUCAUGACCGGAAGGCUUUUGAACAGGGGGGAGAGACGAAGCCGGAGACAGCUCAAGCUGAAGAGCUGGGUCUUAAAACGACAAUCAACAAGUUAGCCACUUACAGGGCUCCCAUGGGACGAGCUGGCCGUGGAACCGUGUCGACAUCCAUCGAACCUGCCGUGCCUAGUCCUUCUGAUGGCCUGCCCAAAGGCGUUUGCUUCAGUGGCCAGAGAACCGGCCAGUUUCCCACGCUUCCUGUUACCGAGGACUUAAUCGAUGCAGCUGACAGGGAUGGGCUGAUCAGUAAGGAUCCCUUGACCCAAGCAGCACAGAAGAGUAUAAUUAUUCCGUUGAAGCGGCAAAAUGAGCCAAGCAACCAGUCUUCAACUGCCAAACGACCCAAGGUCGACAAGGGCGUUGCUUCAGCCCUGCCGGGAACAUUUCCGCUCCUGAAUGGAGGCGGGAAGGCCCUGGACGGUCACCUUAGUACCAACACCCAGCGACAUGUGAGAUUCAAGUCCUCUCAGACAUCAAAGCAUAUCAGGCAUGGUGCCAAGUUUAAGAGACAGGAGUACCAGAGCCUUGGAUUCCCUGUUGUCAAGGACCCCAAUGAUGUGACCACGAAAUUGCGCUUGAGCCAGCAGAGUAGCUCACAGAAGAGCGAUGACACCAAAGUAGAGAAGAAACCCCACAAGCUUUCCAACUCGGCCGAGGAGGUCUCUCCUGUGACCUCAAGCAGCGAAAGGCUCUCUGUGCGGCUUCCCUCCCCUUACUCUAUCAAAACACCGGUAUCGAUUCCAGCUCAAGCGCAAUCGCCUACCAUACAUUCAGAUCCGGGGAGCUCAUGGGUCGUUGUAUUAGAUCACCCACCGCCAUUAGCAACUGAAGUUUGUACAACCAUGCAAGACAAUAAAUUGCCAGAUGUCAUCUACCAAGACGCCUUCUAUGGUCAGGAGAAAGACGUGCCGCCGAGAAUUCGAGAGUACGCCGGCAGAGAAUUUCGUCUCGAAGGAAUUUCUUUGCCUUUCCUGCCUGACUUCGACGCUACUGGUCAAUCACCUGCUACAUAUGGCCUGAAUGCAGAGGGCAAUCUGAUCAGCAAGAGACUGAAUGGCCUGGGAUAUCAGAAGAAAAGCCGGCAGUGUUCAUUGAGAAGCUGGGAAAUUGCCGAUCCGCCACCAACGUUUCAAGAAGUCAGUCAGUGGUGGGCUGUCAAGCGAAGAAAAGGGCCUUCGCCUCGAGAUCUCCCGAACAAAGAUGCUACUUCUGGCCGACCAGUUCCCACACAGAAGCCCUUCCUAUCACAAAUACUUGGAGCCACGCCGAAGAACAAGCAUGGAUUCAACUACUCCCAGAACAAGAGAACUACCAGUGUUCAACAUGAAGCUCAGUAUAUGAGUACAAUGAGUCUGGAGGUCCAUGUCAACACCAGAGGAAGUCUCGUUCCUAACCCAGAAGAAGACGAAAUACAAUGCAUAUUCUGGGCCACCAAGUCGGAUGGGAGCUCUCCAGACGGCAGCCAGCUUACCGAUGGCACUCUGGCUGGUAUCGUUGUGGUAUCAGAGGAUGGUGAAAUUGCGCAACGGCUGCGACGGCACACGAAGAUAGAGGUCAUAGAAGAGCCUUCAGAACUUGACGCCAUGGUCCGAAUGAUCGAAAUCGUCAGAACCCACGACCCUGAUGUCCUCGCAGGCUUUGAGGUACACGGAAGUUCCUGGGGGUAUCUGGUUGAGAGAGCGAGGCAUAAGUAUGAUUAUAACCUCUGCGACGAGUUCUCCCGUAUGAAGACACAGUCACACGGUCGGUUUGGCAAAGAGGCCGAUCGUUGGGGCUUCAACACCACGUCGACCAUCCGUGUCACCGGCCGCCAUAUGAUCAAUAUCUGGAGGGCGAUGCGGGGCGAGUUAAAUCUUCUCCAGUACACUAUGGAAAAUAUUGUGUGGCAUUUGCUGCACCGGCGCAUUCCUCAUUACUCGUGGCGAACACUGUCGGAUUGGUACGCCAACGGUCGUCAUAGAGACCUCGGCAAGGUCUUGAGGUAUUACACCACAAGGACGAAAAUGGACAUCCAGAUCCUUGAGGAGAACGAGUUGAUUCCUAGAACCAGCGAGCAAGCUCGCCUACUGGGUGUGGACUUCUUCUCGGUCUUUUCCAGGGGGUCACAGUUCAAGGUCGAGUCAAUUAUGUUCCGGAUUGCCAAACCCGAGAACUUUGUCCUGGUUUCUCCGAGCAGAAAGCAGGUUGGCGGGCAAAAUGCGCUCGAGUCUUUACCGCUGGUAAUGGAGCCUCAAAGCGAUUUCUACAGCAGUCCCUUACUCGUCUUGGACUUCCAGAGCCUGUACCCCAGCGUCAUGAUAGCUUACAACCUUUGCUACUCCACCUUCCUCGGACGGAUCGUGAAUUGGCGAGGCACAAGCAAGAUGGGCUUCAUCGAAUAUAGACGUCAAGAGCGGCUGCUCGAGCUACUACAGAGCUACAUCAACAUCACUCCAAAUGGCAUGAUGUUUGCCAAAGUUGAGAUCCGAAAGUCUCUCUUGGCGAAGAUGCUCACCGAGAUCCUAGAGACCAGGGUCAUGGUCAAGAGCGGCAUGAAGCAAGACAGGGAGGAUAAGACGCUACAACAACUCCUAAACAACAGACAACUGGCCCUCAAGCUCCUGGCAAACGUUACGUAUGGAUAUACGUCCGCUUCGUUCUCUGGGCGCAUGCCCUGUUCCGAAAUAGCAGACAGUAUCGUUCAGACUGGUCGUGAAACCCUCGAGCGCGCCAUUGCAUAUAUUCACUCUGUCGAGAGGUGGGGAGCCGAAGUCGUCUAUGGCGACACAGACAGCCUCUUCAUCUAUCUCAAGGGGCGGACCCGCUCUCAGGCAUUCGACAUAGGCGAGGAGAUCGCCAAAGCAGUCACGGACAUGAAUCCACGUCCCAUCAAACUCAAGUUUGAAAAGGUAUACCACCCUUGUGUCUUGCUAGCCAAAAAGCGCUAUGUCGGGUACAAGUAUGAGAGCCGCAACCAGGUCAAGCCCGACUUUGACGCCAAGGGAAUCGAGACCGUCCGCCGGGACGGAACGCCCGCCGAGCAAAAGAUCGAGGAGAAGGCGCUCAAGAUACUAUUUGAGACGGCCGACUUGAGCCAAAUCAAGAGCUACUUCCAGAGCCAGUGUGACAAGAUCAUGCGCGGACAGGUAUCCGUGCAGGACUUCUGCUUCGCCAAGGAGGUGCGUCUAGGCACGUACUCUGAGAAGGGCCCACCCCCGCCGGGUGCGCUGAUUUCCACAAAACGGAUGCUUGAGGACGCGAGGGCCGAGCCGCAGUACGGCGAGCGCGUGCCGUAUGUGGUGGUCACUGGCGGGCCCGGGGCGCGGCUGAUCGACCGAUGUGUGGCGCCCGAGGAUCUGUUGAACAAUGACCACGUUACCCUGGACGCGGAGUACUAUAUCACCAAGAACUUGAUCCCGCCCCUGGAGCGUAUUUUCAACCUGGUCGGCGCCAAUGUGCGCCAGUGGUUUGAUGAAAUGCCCAAGGUGCAUCGAAUCCGGCGCGUCGAUGGCCAGGCUGCGGGACCCGCCGUCGCUGCCGCCGCCGCCGCCGCCGCCAGGAAGAAAUUUACGCUCGAGAGCUACCUCCACAGCGCGAGUUGUGUCGUCUGCGGGGCCACGGUCAAGGUCAAUGAUGAGAACGACAACGACAACACCGGCGACGGUGACGGUGACGAUGAUGCUAAGGAGGUUGCCCUCUGCUGGAAGUGCCGGCAUGAUCCACCCGGCUCGCUGCUGCAGCUGCAGACAAGGCUGAACGCGGAGGAGAGGGAUUACAUGGAGGUCGUCAAGGUCUGCCAGAGCUGCGCGGGCCUGUCACCGCUGGACGACGUCCCCUGCGACAGCAAGGACUGCCCUGUGUUUUAUACGCGGAGGAAGCAGGAGGCCAGGCUGAGGAGCGAGAGGGGAAUUCUUGAACCAGUGAUGAGCAGGCUCGCUACUGGGGCCGGCGAGCUGGAAUGGUAACACCAUACCUUUUCAAGCAAGAGACAUCAACGACAUCACAUGUGUUGGGAAUGAAGGCAAUGACAUUCGUUGAUCAUGAA